CUGGGAAUUGUAGUCCUCUCUCCUGCACUCGCCUUUCCCCCUCUCCCGCGUCCGCUCUGCGCGUGCGCCGCUUGUAUCCGACUUUGGAGAGUCGCUGCCUCAGGUUGAACUUGGACUGGCUGCCAUUUUAGGCGAAGAGUCGUCGCCUUUCUGGCUGACAGCUCAGCACAAGAAUGAAUUGAAGAACAGCAGUUGAAACAAAAUUGAAAAACUCAUCAGUAAAUAAAAUACAACACCCAGUCCGCUAAAAUACGUCUUCCUCAUUAAGCUACAGAAAGUCUACCUGGAUAAAAAGACACUUGCCUGAAAACAUAAGAACAACAGAACCAGCCAGUCUUCUAGAGCCUGGAAACAGAAACCACGAAAAGCUGCUGCAUCCCCACCAGAUGUGCCUCUGAGAGCUGGAAGCAAGGGUAGAAGUCUGGAGCCUCAAGGAACAGAAUAAGCAGAAUGGUCCCUUAAUGAAACAGGGGAUUGUUUACUACUUAAAGUUCAUGUACCUUCUUGGGAUAUGGCUGGUAAUGGAUCAAGAUCAGACUCUGUCAGUGGACUAGCUAUGAAAUCACAGCUUCAGAUCACUUUUAUUUCUGCAAAAUUGAAAGAAAACAAGAACAAAUGGUUUGGACCCAGCCCUUAUGUAGAAGUCACAGUUGAUGGACAGUCCAAGAAAACAGAAAAGUGCAACAAUACAAAUAGUCCAAAAUGGAAGCAACCUCUUACAGUAAUUGUCUCUCCUCGCAGCAAAUUAAAUUUUCGUGUAUGGAGUCAUCAGACACUGAAAUCUGAUGUCUUACUAGGAAGUGCCACUCUAGAUAUACCUGAGACACUUAAAGCAAAUAACAUGAAACUUGAAGAAGUGGUUGUUAAUAUGGUGCUUAAUGGUGACAAAGAGCCAGCUGAUGGGAUUGGAGAGUUAUCUGUCUGUUUAGAUGGCAUGCAAGUCGAUCCUGAGCUUCUGACUAAUGGUGAUGCUACCGCCUUAAAAAGCCCCACACAGAAUGAUGGCUCCAGAAGAAAAAAUGAAGCAAGUUCUUACUGUGAUUUCCUGCAAAGAAAUAAUGCAAAUGGUCUCGAAAGCAGUGAGUCCACUGGGUCCAAUGAAAACAAGACAGCUAAUGGCAGUGAUUCUCCGUUAAUUGCAAAUGGAGGUUUUAAGCCACUUAGACCUCCCAGACCCUCUCGACCACCUCCACCCACUCCACAGAGGCCUUCUGCUCCAUCUGCAUGUAUCAAUGGCUCUUCUUCCACAGAAUCAGAAGGGGCUAGUGCAGAACUGGUGCCAACUGCAAGAAAUGUAGCAUCAGAACCAAGCUCUGAUGGAGCAGUAGGAGGAACCAUUGUUCCUGCAGCAGCACCUUUGACUACACCACCAAUAUCUAGACAGGUUCAGCCAGUAACUCCAGCUUCACAACCACAUUCUACAGUCAGUCAAGGCCCUCUUCCACCUGGCUGGGAACAAAGAGUUGAUCAGCAUGGCAGAGUGUAUUAUGUAGAUCAUGUUGAGAAAAGAACUACAUGGGAUAGGCCAGAACCGCUUCCACCGGGCUGGGAGCGCCGAGUUGACAACAUGGGGCGGAUUUAUUAUGUUGACCAUUUCACCAGAACAACAACCUGGCAGCGGCCAACUUUGGAAUCUGUCCGAAAUUAUGAACAAUGGCAGCUUCAACGGAGCCAGCUUCAAGGAGCUAUGCAACAGUUCAAUCAGAGGUUCAUAUAUGGGAAUCAAGACUUCACACAGAACAAAGAAUUUGAUCCUCUUGGUCCCCUGCCACAUGGAUGGGAAAAGAGGACAGAUAGCAAUGGCAGAGUGUAUUUUGUGAAUCAUAAUACGCGCAUCACACAGUGGGAAGAUCCCAGAAGUCAAGGUCAGUUAAAUGAGAAACCUUUACCAGAAGGCUGGGAGAUGAGAUUCACUGUGGAUGGCAUUCCAUAUUUUGUUGAUCAUAACAGAAGAACAACAACAUACAUAGAUCCUCGGACAGGAAAGUCUGCUCUUGACAAUGGACCUCAGAUAGCCUAUGUUCGAGAUUUCAAAGCAAAGGUCCAAUACUUCCGGUUUUGGUGUCAGCAACUGGCUAUGCCUCAGCAUAUAAAAAUCACAGUAAGCAGAAAAACAUUGUUUGAAGAUUCUUUCCAGCAGAUAAUGAGCCUCAGUCCUCCAGAUCUCCGAAGACGCUUGUGGGUCAUUUUUCCUGGAGAAGAAGGAUUAGAUUAUGGAGGUGUUGCACGGGAAUGGUUUUUUCUCUUGUCCCAUGAAGUGAUGAACCCAAUGUAUUGCCUGUUUGAAUAUGCAGGGAAGGACAACUACUGCCUACAGAUAAACCCAGCCUCCUAUAUAAACCCAGACCACCUGAAAUACUUCCGUUUUAUUGGCAGAUUUAUUGCCAUGGCUUUGUUUCAUGGUAAAUUUAUAGACACAGGUUUCUCUUUGCCUUUCUACAAACGUAUCCUCAACAAACCAGUGGGACUAAAAGAUUUGGAAUCCGUAGAUCCUGAGUUUUAUAACUCUCUCAUUUGGGUAAAGGAAAACAAUAUUGAGGAAUGUGGCCUAGAAAUGUAUUUCUCUGUUGAUAAGGAAAUUCUAGGUGAAAUAAAGAGCCAUGACUUGAAACCCAAUGGAAGCAAUGUUCUUGUUACUGAGGAAAACAAGGAAGAAUAUAUUAGGCUGGUGGCAGAGUGGAGGCUUUCCCGAGGAGUUGAAGAACAAACACAAUCUUUCUUUGAAGGUUUCAAUGAGAUUUUACCACAGCAGUACUUACAAUAUUUUGAUGCCAAGGAGCUUGAGGUGCUUUUGUGUGGAAUGCAAGAGAUUGACUUGACUGACUGGCAAAGGCAUACCAUCUACCGGCAUUAUACCAGGACUAGCAAACAAAUUGUGUGGUUUUGGCAGUUUGUUAAGGAAAUAGAUAAUGAGAAAAGAAUGAGAUUGCUACAGUUUGUUACUGGAACAUGCCGAUUACCUGUAGGAGGCUUUUCUGAUCUCAUGGGGAGCAAUGGACCUCAAAAGUUCUGUAUUGAAAAAGUUGGUAAAGAAAACUGGUUACCUAGAAGCCAUACCUGUUUCAAUCGCUUGGACUUGCCACCGUACAAGAGUUACGAACAACUGAAGGAAAAGCUGUUGUUUGCAAUUGAAGAAACAGAAGGAUUUGGGCAAGAGUAAUAAGUGGUGGAAAUUUGCAUCUGAAGAAUGUAGAUUCAUAUAUGUGCGUUCUUCACUGCCUCUACUAGUGGCACUUCUUACUGUAAACAAGACUUGACCAUGAUCUAUUUAAACAACUGCUAGUGCAUAAGUGAA